CAGAGUCCGGAAGGCAUGUUGUGUAGGUUCGAGUAAGUCCCAGUUCACAUCAUCCCAUUACUUACCACUCAUGAUCCAGCAAACAUCGAGGAAAUCAACCUCAAUAUCACAUUAUUUCCAUAAAAUCAGCAUCAACAAAACUUUCUAGUUAUGCUUUCGAAGUCAAUCCCGAACGACUGCUCAGAAGAGUACAUAUUUCCAUGCUUAAAAGUCGCACAACAACCAUCAGCAGUCGACUCAGCAUUGCCCGCUAUUUACUCAAGAAGAGUCCUGAUUUUCUCGACAAAUGACAAUCAUGGAAUCUCAGAAGCCGUUCAAGCCUUAUGUAGAGCAAUGGAAAAACUCGUAGAGCGGUAUUCCGUACUAGCCAACAGCGCGAGCUGCGCAUCGGGUGCUUGGCGAUUCUCACCCGGCCAGGCACGACUUAUUAUCAAAGAGCUACCUUUGACUUUCGAGGAAUUGGAAAAUGCGAAUUUCUCCUCGAAGCUUUUAAAACAUGAUGAACUGAGCUCCGUUGUUGAGAUGGUGGACUUUGAAAAUGAUUGGGAUUGUUGUAAGAUUCAGGCAAAUUUUAUCGAAGGUGGUCUUUUGCUAUGCAUAUCGAUUUUGCAUAUUGCUAUGGACGGUGCAGCUAUUACACGGGUCAUACAAGAUAUGGCACGAUACACUUGUGAUAAUCGUGGACCGGUAGUGAAGAUGAGUCCUGCUACGCUGGAUCGCUCUCGACUUUCGAGGUCGAGCUCCAUACCGGACAUUACGAAGAUGCCGGCUUUCUUGAUUUUGAAUGAAGCGUUCGAUUUUACUUCAAGAGUAAAGGGUUCGAUUUCCUCGACAAUGUACAGGCUCAAAAAUGAGUCUGUGAAUCAACUGAAAUCAGAUUGCUCCAAGGGUUUGCCGCCCGAUUGUCCGUUCAUAAGUAGUCAUGACGCGGUUUGUGCACUCCUCUUUCGACAGAAGAUUAAAGCUCGCGUCAAGGCAGGCAUCAUCACUCCUACUGACAGGGUUCAAUACUCGUUCCCUGUUGAAUGCCGAAGAACUAUACAUCCACCUUUACCAUCCGAUUUCAUCGGCAAUGCCGUCAUAUUCACAGCUACACCAUUUCUGUUAGUAGAAGACCUCCUGAAACCCGAAGGUCUAUCGCUCGCGGCAGCCGCAAUCCGCCAAGGUAUCAAAGAUGUCGAUGCCGAUUUUAUCGAUAAUGCAAUUGCGGUAAUGAGAAGUUUGAAGGAUCCGAAAACACUUAACUAUUAUGGGGCCAUACAUGGUAAGACGACGGGAAUAGCUUCCACUUCGUAUAAAGGAUUUGUAAUGCCGAAUGAUUGGCAUCCUGCGAUUGGAGAAUAUCAACUCAUGAGGUUGUUGCAUGGUGGGUUUGGUGAUGGUAUGUUUGUGGUGAUGCCGGUGAGGGAUUCGGGGUGGGAGGUUAUUGUUACGUUGGAUGAGGUGGCCAUGGAUGUCUUUGAGGAUGAGCAAUGGAACAAAUAUACAAUCAAGAUAGAGGUGUAAAUGUCAUAAUUACUGGUUAAGGUUUUAUGGUUCUCAUUUCUUGAGAUUGUUGGUUUCUGGGUAGUUUUGGGUUAUUUACACAUUAAUACUUUUGACCCCUUUGAUGCGAUAAAUCUCUGUGAUGUUAGACAACUAGAUUGGUCCUUCCUUAUAAUUGGCAGUAUUAGAUGGUUAGGCCACUUUCUUAGCUAGACUGAGAAUAAGAAUGCUUUACUUAUUCCA